AUGGGGGUCCCUUUCGAGGCCUUGAUCCCUUAUGUGAUCAUGACCGGAUUGUUUGGAGUCACAGGUGCCGGCCUUGCAUCCCUUCGAUACUACACAAACGACUACAAGCGACCAAGAAGACAAACAGAUGUUUGGGAUAGACAAAUGAUGGACAGAGACUAUCGGUUGACGGGAAGCAUGAGAGGACAGUCAGAUGCUGUGGCAGCCCCCAUUGGGUUUGAAGUGAACAGCAGAUGGAAGGCUGAACCACGGAUCAGUUAA